CGGAGUAGCUUAAAGUUGCUUGAGAUCCGCCAUAAUAGAAAAGAAGAAGAAGAAGCCUGCAUAUGCUAAGCUAGAUAGCUGCUGCAUUGUCCCAUCUGAGCUAAUAUUUCAGCAACCAUGUCUUCAGUUCAGCAUCUCAGAGAGUUUAUCAGAGAGCGGCUAACUGCUGCUGCUCAAGAAAUCUUCACAGAGGUUGAAAAAACCAUCAUUUGCUACGAGGAAGAGCUCGAUGCUCAGCGCAGGAUGAUGGGGAUCGACUGGAAACCACAAAUUAAGCUACACAGAGUCGGUUCGGAGCUGCAGAGACAAAGUUCUGGUAGGUCUGGAUUUGUUAUUAUUAGUGCUGGAAAUUUGGGAUACAACGUAACAGAGCAGCUUUCCCUUCAUGUCUCUCCAGUGGUUGAGAGCAAAGAUCAGGAAGGAAGCAGCUGCUCUGUGUCAGAGAGUCAGUCUGAUACUGGAACAAAGAAAAGAUCUUUCAAAUGUGACAUUUGUGGGAGAUGUUACACACAACGGUGGAAGUUGAAAAACCAUUACAGAACCCACACUGGUGAGAAACCUUUUUCAUGUGAAACAUGCGGAAAAAGUUUCUCCGUAAGUUAUGUUUUAAAUCGUCACAAGACAGUUCAUUCGGGUGAGAGGCCUUUUUCGUGCCAGUUAUGUGGAAAGGGAUUCUCUCAAAAAGGUAAUUUAAUGGACCACAAAAGAACUCAUACGGGUGAGAAGCCUUUUUCGUGUCAGUCAUGCGGAAAGAGUUUCUGUCAAAAGAGUCUUUUAAAUCGUCACAAGACUAUUCAUACAGGUGAGAAGCCUUUUUCAUGCGAGUCAUGCGGAAAGAGUUUCUGUCAAAUUAGUAUUUUAAAUCGUCACAAGACGAUUCAUACAAGUGAGAAGCCUUUUCCUUGUCAAACAUGUGGGAGAAGAUUCAAUCGUAGGGAUAAUUUGAGCAUGCACAUGAAAACUCAUACAGGUCGGGGGCAGAUUUGAAGCCAGACUUGUGAAAAAAAGAGCUUUGAAAUUUAUUACUUAUUCUCUUUAGAACCCACAUGGGUGAGAUGUGUUUUCCACAUAAAAUAUGGUGGGGAAAGUGUU